CUCCCUGAACAUCAACCACGUCUGUCGUAUCAUCCAACGGGAAAGAUCCGGGACAAGCGUGAAGCGCUAACAUUGCCGCGGAUCGGGUUCUUAUUGUAUCGCACUGCAGUGUUCGCGACAGCGGUACUCUACAUGAUGGUAUCCAUGGAGUCAUUCGGCACGGCUCUCUUAGUGCUCCGUGGAGUUGUGUCACACGACUUACCAAUCGAGACCCACUACUCCAACCUCAUUGUCGACUACGUUGGCACCGCAACGAUAAAAGAAAGCCCUCUGGUUCAGGAAGUUCUUGAGGGAUCCACUACCCCACGCAACGACUCUCUGUACCUCGAAACAGCAACUGCACACUCGUUUACAAGUUGCUCAGAAGUGGAAAAAUUCCACGCCAGAAUCUACAGCAACGAGUUCCUACGCUUCAUCUUCUCAAAGAUGCAAAUGUAUGCCACCUACAAUUUGUCAUACGUCAAUGAACUCGAGCUGAUUGUACCCGUCGUGGAUUGCACGUUUGACCUGCUGGUAUCAGGUGACAAGACUGUUGCCCGCGUGUACUACCUCACACGCAAAAAGAGCGAUCCGACAAAAACAUUUAUCCUAUCGACGAUGCUUUCGACUCAAGAUUACGAGGUGGCACAACAGUUCCAAAGGGGUCCAGGGAUGGUGCUUCUGGUCACGUCUAUCGAAGACAUGCGAACGACGCCAUUGACUCACCAUAUCGCCGUCGCGCUGAACUAUCCUUAUGUUGCUGAACCUGAAUUCGAGUACUCCGAGCUGAAAGGGGUCGAUGGAGACAACUACUGGAUUCUACAAACGCUACCCAACAAGCGGACCAAUGACCCAGCCAAAGAUGUACGAAUGGCUCGUCGUUUUGGACGGUUCAAAGGUGACGUCACGUCACAGUCAAACAUUGAGACAGCGCACUGGGAUCUGUCUCGUGACCCAGCAACGGAGCUUCGAGAAUGGAGAUGGUACAGUAGAGCGGUGCUUCACGAUUCAUGGGCCUGGGCGCAUGCUAUCCAUGGUAUCUUUGCUAUUAACGUCAUCUUUGAUCUCAGUGUGCUGGCAUUCGUGAUCUAUCGACGCUUCCUUACGGGUCACAUUUGGGUCGGAGACGCGUUUUCCACCAUCUCUAAAAUGCUCAUGUAUCGAGGCGUGAUCGUUCUGGUAUGCAAUCAAUUGAACGGGUACUGGACGAUCACGAAAAUGACCAUAUCAAUUGGUGACACAAUUACUGGUCAGCAUGUUAUCUUUUACAAACCGGAGCUGGUACAAGCCGACAUGUUGGCCGUGUACAUGAAUCUGGUGAGCUUCUUGAGCUAUCUUGCUCGCGAGCGAAUAGAUCCGCUAUUGGCAUUUGCAACAUUCGAGCUGGGGUGGGGAUACCGUGUUGAGUUGGCCGACUUUUUCCCGCCAUUGAGAGCAAAUAUCGCAGACUUCGCCAUUGCCGACACCACUCGAGGUCUAUUAAAUGUGCGACCUGGUCUUGCAGCUUUGUCACCCAUGGAGCUGCUAACUUCAUACGGACUCCCAGAGAACCGAUCUCGAGUGGUCUCGUCGAUCACCCUCUCAAUCUUUAGCCCCAUGGUCUUCAUUGUGGCCUACAUUGUAGCCAGAAAGAUCGCUCGAUGGGAGGAUCUGGGAGGAGAGAAUGGCGGUUCCCGAUCCCAUAAGUAUAAGGUUGACGGUCUGCAACAGAUCGACCUCACCUCAUUCGAAUCGGCUACCGGUGCGGCACUGAGGAAACGGUACGGUAUCAUAUCCAGCUACGAGAACUAUACCAUGCACGACAACCAGGUUUUGGCGACUAUCGACGCGGUGUACGGCAAUGGGUUCUUGGUGGCCAACAACAAGUUCCUAGUGGCAACCCAAGACCUUAUUCCGUUGAUUCUGAUGAAGAUAACGCGUGUGCGCUUCACCAACAUCUUCGUGUACGAGAUCAUUAACGGACGUGCUGUGAAGGAAACCUCACGACUUGUGUACCCGACCACCAUUAAGUGGACUGACCUCACACGUCUCGACGUGAUUGUGCUUUCGUAA